GGCGGGGCGCGGCGCGUUCCCCAAGCGCCGAGGCCGCGCUUCCGGCGGGCGGCGGUGACAGGCGGGCGGCGGCAGAGGCAGUCCCUGUUCUAGGCACUGCAAAAUAAACGGCGAUAUUUGGGGGCCAUGGCUACAGACCCACUCUCGGAGCUUCAGGAUGACCUGAACUUGGAUGAUACCAACCAGUCCCUCAGCCAGCUCAAACUGGCCUCCAUAGAUGAUAAGAACUGGCCAGCAGAUGAAGUCCCUGCUUUUUCCAAGUCAGACGACUCCAAAGGCUCCCCUGAGCCUGUCACUCACCUGCAGUGGGAUGAUCCCUACUAUGAUAUCGCCAGGCACCACAUUGUGGAAGUAGCAGGUGAUGACAAAUAUGGAAGAAAAGUGAUUUUGUUCAGUGCCUGCCGGAUGCCCCCAAGUCAUCAACUAGAUCACGUGAAACUGCUGGGGUACCUGAAAUUCACACUGGACCAGUAUGUGGAGAGUGAUUACACGCUGGUGUACCUGCACCAUGGCCUGACCAGUGAGAACAAGCCAUCCCUGAGCUGGUUGCGGGACGCCUACAGGGAAUUCGAUCGCAAGUACAAGAAGAACAUCAAAGCCUUGUAUAUUGUGCACCCAACCAUGUUUAUCAAGACCCUACUGAUACUCUUCAAGCCUCUGAUCAGCUUUAAAUUUGGACGAAAGAUUUUUUAUGUGAACUACCUUAGUGAGCUGGAGGAGUAUGUGAAGCUGGAACAGUUGGGGAUCCCAAGCCAAGUGCUGAAGUAUGAUGAAUACCUGAGAUCUCUGCAGAAGCCUUUGCAAGUGCCCCAGAAGCCAACACCCCCACGCCCACCGCUGCCAAACCAGCACUUUGGAGUCUCCCUACAGCAUCUCAGGGAGAAGGACCCUCGUCGAUUUCCUGUUCCUCCUGGUGGUCAGAGACACCAUUAUCACUUGCUGAUGUAUGCUCUUAAUACAGAGGGGGAUUUUCCGGAGCAGCAAAAUACACAGGUUGUCAGAGAGGUCCAGCAAAAAUACAAUAUGGGUGUGCCUGUAGAUUUCGAGGAAUAUGAAGACGUCCACCUCCCUGCUGUGAUUCUCAAGACCUUCUUGAGGGAGCUACCUGAGCCCCUCCUCACUUUUGGCCUCUACAGCCAUGUUGUCAGCUUUCAGAGUGUGGAGGAGGUGAAACGUGUGGAUGUUGUUCGCAAAACGCUCCAGGAUUUGCCAGAAGAAAACUACCAAGUGCUCCGUUUGCUGACAGCCUUUCUGGUGGAGGUCUCUGCUCACAGUGACAGAAACAAGAUGACAAACACCAACCUGGCGGUCGUGUUUGGCCCAAAUCUGCUCUGGGCCAAAGAUGUGGCCAUCACUCUAAAAGCCAUCAAUCCCAUCAAUACCUUUACCAAAUUCCUGCUGGACCACCAGAAGGAGCUGUUUGAGGUUGCAGAGGCCUGAAUCCAGGCCAGCCUACACCUGCACACUGUGCCCACCUUCCCCCUUCUUUGUCUUGGAGAUGUGACCAAGCUGUCUCCAGCACAAAGGGACCAUUGAUCUUCUGGGUGAUGAGCAGAGUGAGGGCUGUGGAGAUGAUGGUGAAAGUGUGCAAAUAAGUGAGCAGGAGACUGGCAGCUCUGGAUGGGCAGGGGAGCUGGUCUCCCAGCUGCUGCAGCUGCUGCGAGUCCUGACCCACCUGCGCAGCUCCUCCAGGGCUCAUCACCAGUCUUCUGCCCUAGCAGAUGACCUGCCUUCCUUUCCUCCUUCCCUUAUGUGCAGUUUUUCUGCCCUCCUGGUCCCUUCCUCAGCACAGAUCUUUUCGUUCAAGCUGGCAAUAGCCCCAGCUCACCCCUCCUCGCCUCAGCUGGGCUAUCUGGGCUAGGGUGGGCUUGCUGGGUUUUGUGAUGGAGACGUUCUUACUGUGAGUGCCAUUUUUCAGCACUGAACAUGCAUCCUGCCUUUCCCCAGGGGCACCUAAAGCAGGGAAGGGGGCAGCAGCCCUUGUGCUUCAGGCAGCAGCAUGUCCUGCACUUGCAAACAGCGCUCUAGACCCCCUGCUUUGGCAGGCAGGUGGACAGGCUCCGGGCAGUGGGCCGUGUUACCUGUCAGACUCCAGGACAGUGAAGGGGAGUUCAGCCCAAAGCCCAGCCCCUCUGGGGUCCCCACUCCAGGUACUAUUGUGUGUUUGCUGGACUGUAGUGGGUCACUUGCCUCCCGUAGUUAUCCAGCUCAGGUGUGUUUGUCCCUCCAGCAUUACUUCCAGCCUGGCUGGGAAGGUUCUUGCCAGGCCUGGCUGUGCAUGCGGCCCAGUUGUGACCCUUUGACAGCUGGUGAGCCUGAAUGGCACGAGCAAGUGCCCUGGUGGCACUGAGAUGCUGAACACCAUGAGGAUCACCAUCUGUCCUGGCAGCAGCACAAGGCCUCCUCUUUUGGCAUAUGUAUCUGUGCUGACUGUCACAGACUGCCUUGACUAGUUAGUUGUCUUUUUGAGCACAAUUUUUCCCCAGCACAGUGUAACAGAGAGCAUGGCCUUGAGGGAAGGUCUGGGGACUGGGGCUAACCCUCACCGUGGAGUGCACCAGGCCUGGAUUACAAAUUUCUGCCCAGGCGCUGAGCACUCACGUGCCAAAGCUGUGAGGGAGCAGCUAUUCCAUUCCAAGGGCCUUUGCUGUGUCUCCUCCUGUGUUCGUACCUUCCACCCUGCCAUCUGGUCAGAUGCAUCCUGUAUGCCCUGGGCACGGCUGCAGAGACGGUGUUCUCUGCAAGGCAGGCUCAGAGUGGGGUGGUCCUGGCCUUCCCUGUUUGGCCAGGAUAUGAAUUGUUUAAUUCUGAACAGUUCACAGUAGUAACUAAGUAAAUGUUUUGGAGAGAAAUAAUCUGCUCCUAAUUCAUCUGUGCUCUCUUCUAGAGUGAGUUAGCAGGGUUGAUGUGCUGUGGAGGGGUAAUCUGGAAUGGACUAGUGUGGAGAGAGGUGUACUUGCCCCAGUGUUUAGGGGCAAGUCUGUGGAGGCUGAGGGAGCUCAGUGCAGCCCCUCUUUCCCUGCGGGCGUCCUGCUUGUAGGGGGAGAAGGAGACUUGGUGCUCUGACUGUAUCUGCAGCUGACACUGGCUUCACCUUCAUCUCCCUAGAGGAAAGAAAGGCAAGCCCUGCUAACUUUUCUGGGACAAACCCCCAAGCUUGACAACCUGGAAUCCAAGUGCCUGCGUGCAUGAGGCCUGGUCCUGUGCACUCUCUGAGGAAGGUGGCAUGUUCUAGCCUUGCAGAGCAGCAAAGACUGUUCCCUGCCCAGUAGCCAGAGGAGCAGUGCUGGAGUAGCUCCUGUCCAGGGGAAAAGUGGGGAAUACUGCAAGUGUCUGAGUUCUGGCUGGAGUUUGGUGGAUCAUUUUAGAGUUUUUUUUGAUUUAGGUUUUUUUGGUUUGUUUCAUUUUUUUAGUGAAUUCUUGAAAUGAUGUUUCCUUUUUAGCAAAAUAGAGGCUGGUUCAUCCCCUGCAGGCAGGGAUAAAGCUGCUCCAGUUCAGUGCCUGCAGAGAGCAGAUUCAGAGAGUGUUCAGGGAACUGCUACUGCUCAUGGGUGGGAAAGUGCUUGCAAAUCCUGGAAGGGACCCGCUGUAAAUAUCCUCUUUCCUCUGCUGCUCCUUGUGCUGGAGCUGCUGAGGGCCCUGGAACAGGCACGGUAACCAGGGUUGCUUUUGCAGUCUGUUCUCCUGAAUGCCUUGUAUUGAAAUAUUCCUCCUGUGAUCUGAGCAAGGAACUGGCCCAGGCCUGCCUGCAGCCUGUGUCAGGUGGGGGCUCAGCAGAGCCUGCACCUGCCAAGGCCAGGGGCUUCAAUUCCCUCCUCACAUGGGCAGGGGGCUGCCUGGGCUGGGUUUGCCUGCCUCGUUAUAGGUCGGGGGCAGUAUACAAUUACAGUGCUGGUCUGUGUCGGUUUUCUCCUUGCUACAGAGCUGCCCAAGGGUCUCUUCCCUGGCUUACCUUUCAAGUUAGCUAUUAGCCAUUUCUUCUUGAGGGGGUACCUGUUCUGCAUCAACCUCCUGCUUUUAGCACCUAGAACGUUCCCCUCUGCCAAGCCUUCUUCUGUCUUAAUGGCCUCUGAUCAUUCCCUGGCCCGACCUGUGAACUGACACCGGAGCUUUUGGGUGGUGCAGGGGGUCUGGGGACAUCGAGAUGCCUUCUGUGGUAACAUGAGAGAGCUGAGGGCCAGUUUGGUCCCAGUUUCCUUUUUUAUGCACAGGGGCUCCUGUGCAAAAAUUUCAGCUUUGCUUUUGUUGCUGACAUUCCCUGCCUUCUUCUUUGUUGAUGUUCAUCAGGUGCAGGCCUGGGUUUUCACGGUUCACACUGUUUAUUUUCUUUUAAUCUGCACCAAUCUUGUAUUUCACAGUUUGCACUUUUUGUAUUUCAAUAAAAAUCAAAAUGUAAUCUCAAA